GCUAUUAACUCCACUUAUUUCAUGUAUCAUAAUUAUACAAGUAUGACAGCUUUGCUGCAAGAUCUCAACCAGAAAUAUUCUCAUUUAACCAAAUUGUACAGCAUUGGUAAAUCGGUCGAUGGACGCGAUCUUAACGUCUUGGCCAUUAGUGCUAAUCCUGAUCGACAUGUACCGGGCCAGCCUGAAUUUAAAUAUGUCGGCAAUAUGCAUGGCAAUGAAGUGAUUGGUCGUGAACUGUUAUUAUAUUUGUCUGUCCAUUUAUUGGAAAGUUAUGGUACCGAUAAUGAAAUUACUUGGUUGUUAGAUAAUACUCGAAUUCACAUUUUGCCUUCUAUGAAUCCUGACGGUUUCGAAAUGUCCUAUGAAGGCAAUUGUACUGGUGUUCUUGGACGAUAUAAUCGCAAUGGUGUAGAUCUCAAUCGUAAUUUCCCCGAUCAGUAUAUUCCAGUGAAAAAUCUAUCCCAUCCAUUACAGCCAGAAACAAUUGCUGUCAUGCAAUGGAUACAAAGUUUACCAUUUGUUUUAUCAGCUAAUCUUCACGGUGGAACGGUUGUUACUGUCUAUCCUUAUGAUAAUCUACCAUCCAAUUAUACCGAUCGAACCACGUAUAAUCGAUGUCCUGAUGAUGAACUCUAUCGUACCAUUAGCAAAAUUUAUUCCUAUGCGCAUCCUACCAUGCAUAUCGGCAUGCCCAACUGCACUGUGAAUGAUACCGAGUAUUUCAAAGACGGCAUUAUUAAUGGCGCCGCAUGGUAUGCUAUUCAAGGAAGCAUGCAAGAUUAUAAUUACUUGCAAUCCAAUUGCUUUGAAACCACGAUCGAAGUAUCGUGUUGCAAAUAUCCAACUAGUGACCAAUUACCUCAAUUUUGGCAGCGUAAUCAAAAAUCAUUGAUUCAAUAUAUUAAAGCAGUUCAUAUGGGAGUCAAAGGCUUUGUCCUUGAUUCUCAAGGCAAGCCAAUUUCCAAUGCUACCAUUACCGUCCGUGGCAACUCUCAUACAGUCAUCUCGGCUAAAGAUGGCGAUUAUUGGAGGCUGUUAGUGCAAGGAAAGCAUACUAUCGAUGUGACUGCUUCUGGCUAUGUUAAAACUACUCAAUUAAUUGAACUUUCCAGUAAUAGCGAGGUGACAGUCGUCAAUUUUACUCUACAAGCCGUCACAGCAACACAAGCAACUGUUCCAGUGACUGCUUCAACUGGACAGGGUUUUACCAUCCAGUCCAAUCUCUAUCUUAUAGCUUUACUUUUGACCUCUUUAGUCGGUUUUAUUUUCUAGUUUAGUGCCAUUGCUUCCGAGUAGCCUGCUAGUAGAAUGACUCACUUUGCAUUGUAGUUAAUCUCUUGCUAUUUUCCUUCUCUUGAUUUUCAGUCAUUGGUUAAGUAAAAAUGGAAUGUAUAAAUUGCGUUGAAAAAAUGUUUGUCUUAAUUGUACUGUAGUUGGAU